AUGCCAGAAGCAACUGGCACGACGGCGGCCGCGCCCAAACCAGCAGACCGUGCUGUCCCUGUGACGCUCAACGAAGCGGUCCUCGACUCUCCUACUUUCCGCGCAACCGCCACUCACUUUGCCGACCAGGUUGAUGCAGUUGAGAAAUGGCUCAACGGGUAUGUCGCUUCGACGUCGAAGCUCAUGAGUGGGCUGCUUUCUCUCGAGGAUACCAUCAACAACUACCUCUCCAAGACGACACCCUUUCCCGACAACGUCAUCGAUAACGACUACACCCUCCUAGCUCUCAAGCGCACCAGCGAAGGCACGCGAGAGCUCUGGACACAGCUGCUCAACACGCAAAAGCGAAUGGAAACAGCCGUUGUCGAACCUAUUCGCUCGUUUCUUACGGGGGAGCUGCGAAACUUUAAGGAGAUAAGGAGAAGCUUGGAGCAGACUCAGAAAGCCUACGACACGACUCUCGCCCGCUAUACAUCCCAGUCGAAAACAAAAGAGCCCUCUGCUCUUCGUGAGGAUGCCUUUUCCGUAUAUGAGAAUCGAAAGACAUACAUACAGGCCGCUAUGGAUUACUGCCAGCUCGCACCACAGCUCCGCUUCUCGCUGGAUCAGCUGCUUGUUAAGGUCUGCUGCGAUAUCUGGAAGGAGAUGAACCGGGGUCGGGAUGCAGCCGCAAGUGCUACGCGAUGGAGCCGAGAGCUAGAUCGUGUCCGGGGUUGGGCCAAGGAAAUGGAACUAUCAGACAACGUCUUCAGACGGGAGAUGCAAAACGCGAGGAAAGACAUCAGCGAUGCGACCUUUGAGGGGUUCAAGCCUUCUCGCGAGCUGGAGGAUUAUAGCAGCUCUACCGUAGCCUUCUUGGGCUCACGCGGACCCGUCAGCGUACGUCCAAACGACGGGGGCGCCGCAAUUACCGAGAUACAGGGCUGGUUGUUCUUACGCGUGGCGACCGGUAAGCCAGUCAGAUACAAUUGGGUUCGACGGUGGUACUACUGCAGGGACGGCGUCUUUGGGUGGCUAACCCCUGGACCACAAGGAGUUCUGCAAGGAGAUGAAAUUGGUGUGCUACUUUGUAACGUCAAGCCGGCCGCCGGUGAGGAACGACGGUUUUGUUUCGAGCUCAAGACGAAAAGCCGCAGCAUGCUGAUGCAAGCUGAGACGCAGAAAGAGCUGAUGGACUGGCUAGAGGUUUUUGAAGUAACGAAAAAGAAGGCAUUCGAGGCCACCAUGGACAGAGACAACAGUGCCCUGACCGGCGGCGUCGACCCAGCGUUCUCGAUCUGCCCCCCAAGCAUUCCGGAGUUUUCGGCCAAGAGUGUCGAUGCGCAAAUGGGUGUAGCUGAUGACACCGUACCAAGCACUGAUCGUGCAGCCACUCUGGCUAUUCCAGGUGCUGAAGCUGGUGGCUCAUCCGCCCGAGCGAGUUUUGAUCCUAACGGGAGCUUAUCUCGUCGAUCAAUAUCAGCGCUUGGGCGAGACCUAGCGCGUGAGGAGGGCGAGAGCGGUCGGGAACACGCAGCGAGGAUCAUCCAGAAGCUUGACCUUCACCGCAAAGCCACGUUCGGCGCCAGCCCCGAGCCAAUGCUGACGACGUCCGGCUCAUCUGGGGGACUGUCUAACAUGAUUUCUGGGAACCAAAGCUCCCAGCUCGUGGGAAACUCUGGGUCUCUUACAUCUUCAGGCCCGGCCAAGCUUACGGGAGUUGCGCUUCCGUUAUUGGACAACAAACCAGGCACCCUUGCCCCUCCUACUCUGGCCCGUCCUCCAACCAUUACAAGCUUGAGCCGCACUGCAGUGCUCAUCGCCGGAGAACGAGGCCAUGUCUUGGAAGGCAAGAAACUUCCCACAUCCGUCGUAGCCAACUACUGGGGGAGCAAUGUUUGGGGAACCAUGCAUUCAGAGCCGGCCGUGGCAACUCAACUUGACGAUGACGACCCCAUCGGCGUUGUGGUGUCUGAAGGCGCGCACACACCGCUCGGUGAAGCAGCACAGGCGAAGAAGACCAGUGAGUCUCUGCCAGCCGGCUACCCUGCCGAGCUAAGAAUCCAGCAUGCCCAAUUUAGGCUUUUGUUCCCCAACGCGCCUCCAGAGGAGAGGCUGGUGCUUGUUUUCCGAGCAGCUUGGUCGAGCUCGCUGGAGCGAGGUUCUAAAAGUGAGCUGCUUGCCGGAGAUGGCAGAAUCUACGUGACAGCAGAGAAUAUGUAUUUCUACGGCCAGCAGCUGGGUCUGGUAACGGCCUAUAAUAUCCACCUGGACAUCAUUACUGAGGUAACUGCGGCCUCUGGCAGAGACUGCGACUUCAUCUUCCUGCAUCUAGGCCAGGAUCUCAACGACACUGGAUAUACGCGAAUCACCGUCAAGGUGUUCCUUGACGACCUCAAGUUGCUCCAUGCCCGUCUCAAUCUCUUGGUGGACAAUCUGCAGGCGGAAGAGCCGCUAGACACUUUGGGAAUCAUCAGUGCCCUGAUCAACAUUGAUAAGCACGAAUACGAGAAGCCAAGCCCAAGCGCUGAGAGCUGGGAAGAGGUAUCUUCAGCCACACCCAUGGACAACGGCACAGCUUUAGGAGGACCGGUCGAGCGGAGCGCAAGCCCCCUGCCACGCCUGAUACCUCCCGUCUCUGGGCAGAAACUACCGCCAAAGUUGAACCUACCAAAACACGAAGUGAUCUACGAGCCGGAUGACAUGAAGGAGAUGGCUGCUGAAAGACACUUUGAAAUUAGUGCCAAGGCAUGCUUCCACGUGCUGUUUGGAGACAAGAGUUUUGUAUUCCCCAAGCUCUACUUUGAGCAUCGUGCGAAGCAGAUUGCUCAGGGGCCAUGGUCGGCGGCAAGUGACAAGGAGCCAAUGAAACGUGAGUUUCACUUUAAGAUAGACUACCUUGACGUCUUUGGCCGGUCGCGGACGGCAGACAUACGGGAUUUCCAGACAAUCGACGUAUUCAACGACCACGUUACGUAUGUGGUUACGCAUACGAGAACCGCAUGGCACCUCCCUCAUUCGCAAUUCUUCAAGCUGGUGACUAAGGUUGUCAUCACAUAUGUGGCCAAGUCGAGAUGUAAGCUGGCGUUUUACGUCCGCGUCGACUGGUCGAAAUCGCCACCCCUAUCAAAGAGUCUGGUGGAACGCCAAGCUCUUCGUGAUGCGGUGAGUGAUGCUGAGGAGCUGGGAGAGCUAGCCACGGAUCAAGUUCACAAACUGGGCUCGAGAAGUCGCACCAACAGAGCCAUACAAGUAUACGGCCAGGUAGGCCAGCAGACGCAGAUGGUGGUCUUCUCACCAGCGCCAACCGACGCGAGGAAGAAGCAGGCCAUUAAGCCUCGCACGCUCACGGCUAUGUUAUUCGAGACGGUCCGGUCUCUUGGCGAAAGUGUCGUCUCGUCAGUGAUUUUGUGGAUCAUUGCAGUAUUGAAAAAGGUAUUCGACGUCGUGACGGCGCAUCGACUUAUCCUAUUACUCCUGGGGCUGAGCAUAGCUACCAACCUGAUGCUCUCUUCCACGGAGUCAUUGACGUGGUGGCAGGAGCGGCGAGCGGCGAACUUUAUGCGCAGAGUUGGAGUGUCGCCAAACCACAUGAUGAGCAAGGCAAUCUAUCUUGCAGAUCUGCAUGAAGCUUCCGGCGCCAGCAAUGAUGAGCCGCCAUUCCCCCAGAACAGCACGUGUUUCAGCACAUUCAGGGAGCUCUUAGACACGACAAGUCUGGAUUCCCCAUGGGAGGAAGCGGGAGCCUCACUAUCUCUGCCAUCAAGUCGGGCAACGGCGCGACGGCUGCGGAAGACGCGACAGAGGCUGGGGAUCUAUCGACACGAUUUGCUUGUCGCAAUGAGAGUCGUCAACAGCGUUGAGCGGGAAGUUCUGCAGUCAGAAUGGGAAAACUGGCUGGCGAAUGAGAAUUCCCUCUGCGAUAAUCUCGAGGAGAUGUUAUACGACGACAAGGUUAGAAGCAGCGGCAAGGACAAGGCGGACGAUUCAUCGUCGCAAAAGGCCAAGGGUUCAAUACCGCCGGAACGGAGGAGAGCCCUCGAGGCCUGGCGUGAUGACUAUUGUGGAAGUUGUCGGAGCGACCAUGCAUCUGCACUGCAGGCGAGAAGGUUGUCCAACCUUCCGGAGCAGCCGGCGUGGAGUCGGCGGAGUCGGAGCUGCGAACCGCUGCGGGCGCUGGGGCCGAUCGAGUGGGACGAAGUGCCGGUUGACGACCUCAAGCCGUUUAUGAAUGAGGCCUUCGUUGAUGCUCAGACCAUUGCAGAAUCGGUUCCGUCUCCAACCACGGCGACGGCGGAGGGGGCCGGGGCAGCACCAGCAGCGGCGGUUUUCGAACAGGCCGAGAAGUCAUACUCGCAGCGCCAGUCCGGGUCGUCACUUGCCUUGGCCCAGCAGCUGCGAAAGGAGUGGAAGGAGAUCAAGAUGAACCCAAAAGACAAUCCGCUCAACAUCAGCGUCUACAAGCUUGCCGCAAAGGAUGGCAAGGGGGCGUGGUUUGCUAGACGAAGCCUUCACCAUGGCUUGACGUACGACAGCUGGAAAUCCGGCCUUGAGAAGGAGUUUUCUGAGACGCUCAAAGUACAAGGCCCUCCGGGCAGCGGAAACAUUCGAGGUGUUGGUGCGGAUAGACAUAUUGAGAGUCGACAAGUAGAAGGCUCGGGACAUAUGAGUGUGUUCCAAUUAUCGGCGCAAUUCCCUGGCCCUACCGCCCCGAGAGACUUCAUCACGCUUCUCCUUACAACCGACUUUGAGUACAAGCCAGCAGACCAGGAGCGACCUCUACGACAGCACGUUAUCGUAUCAAAACCAUGCCAUCAUGAGGAGUGCCCUCCUCGGUCGGGAAUAAUCCGCGGGUCGUACGAAUCUGUCGAGAUGAUUAGAGAAGUGCCCGUCGAGAGCGAUCCCCUUGCGUCAAAAACAUCAUUACUAUCAACAGACCAGAGCUCUGAAGAGGUCCGAAGCUCUAGUUCAGACUCACGCGACCACCAAACCAUGGCCGUUGAAUGGCUAAUGAUAACGCGAAGCGACCCAGGCGGCAGCGUGCCCCGAUUCAUGGUGGAAAAGGGCACGCCGCCGGGCAUCGUUGGAGAUGCUGGCAAGUUUGUCAAGUGGAUAACGGCCCUCUCCUUGCUCGACUCUAGAAGCGUCGAAAGCCUUGUAAAGCCGGAAAGUCCUGCUAAAUCUAUCGAGGCUGAGACACCGCGUGAUGCCGGUAGUCCGCGGGUGCUUCCUAUGCACAAACCCCAUCCCAGUGGCGAUUUCAAGAAGAGAGAGGCGGAGAUAGAAGCAGCAAGAAGAGAAUCCGUGCAAAGCAUCCCCAGUAGUAAUGGUAUAUACGGCAUCAUAAGCGGAGUCUUUGAGGCCGCAUCUUCUGUCGUUGCCAGUGGACUACGGCAACGGGGAACCCCUGAAGAGAGCAAUACUAGUGUGGAUGACUUGGAAUCGAGAACCGCCGAGGAGCACGAGACAGAUGCAGACUUAUCCGAUCUUAGCGAGACAUCCUCCAUACGCACCUUUAGAUCUGCCCUCGAAAGGUCCCUCACUGAAGAGAACCGGGCCCGGAUUGUCGCAGGGAGCAAUUCAGACGAGUCCAAAACCCAAGGAAAGCAGCUGCUAGAGAAGGAGCUUAGGAAACUCGAAGAGAAGCGGCGGAAGCUUGAUGAAAAGACGGCUCACAUGCAGCAGCGCAUGGAGAACAAGCGACGCGGCGGCAAGGAGAAGGACGAGGCCGUGGUAGCCAAGAUGCGUGAGAAGCACGAGAAGGAGAUUGCCAAGAAGGAAGCAAAAUACAGGAGAGAGCUGCAAAAGAUUGAGGACAAGCGCGUGCACGAGGAGCGCAAGGCGGAGGCCCGCAUGCGGAAAGCCAUGGAGCGAGAGGAGAAGAUGAACCUGGCGAUGGAGCUGGAGAAGACCCGGGCGGAGAGAGACGUGGCGCUGAAACGGGUCGAGAUUCUCCAGGCGCAGGUCGGCCAGCUUCAGUCGCAGAAUACAAUGCUGACGGCGAAGCUGGGACGGUUAGGAGGGUUUGAUAGGGCGGCCUCCACGUCUUCCAAGGGCUCGGGGAUGGAGAGCACCAAGUCGUCAUGAGCUUUAUGGCUAUAACUGUUGGAGUGGCUAGUGAACAAGACAAAGUAUGAAACAUUCUAGAGGGCUUGGGAUAUUUUGUUCAUUGGGAUGGAUGAUGGAUUUUGCAUGGUACUGGGUGUUUUUUGGUUACUAUAUAUACAAGAUAUUAUAGCUUUC